AUGAGUAAUAGACAACGUGGUGGUAGUGUGAUUACACCUCCGUCAAGAGGUGGAGGAGGUACAAGUACACCAAACACAGCAACACCAACCAUCAACAAAUACCAACAAUAUGGCUUUUUAGAGGAUGACAAUGAUGUAGAGGACGAUAGUUUCUUUCAUCAAGACGAAUCAUUUGAUACCAACCCAGACCCAAAUACAACUGCAAUCUAUCAACAAACACCUGUCAAAAAGUUGAAUGGUAUUACUUCUCCUACUCCAUUUAAACAAAGUACUACUGCUACUCCAAAACAACAACAACAACAACAUCAACAACAACCAUCAUCAUUAUACUCUUCAUCUUCAUCUGCUGCUGCUGCUGCUGCUUCAGCUGUCAAAAAACAAUCAACGACAACGACAUCAUCAUCAUCAUCAUUGUCAUCAUCAAGUGUAAAUAGAAAUGAACAACAACAACAACAACAACAACAACAACAACAACAACAACAACAACAACAACAACAACAACAGAAAGAAAAGACUACAAAUCAAGUUGUAAAUAUUGUAAAUGAUAAAUUGGGAUAUACAGAUAACAAGUAUAAUGGAUCUGAUCAUAAUAAUCAUAGUCAUAGUUAUGAUAGUAGUGCUGCAACGAGUAGUGGUAGUAGUAAUAGAAGUAAUAAUGGAUCAAUGAAUGGAACAACAACAUCACUUGAUGAUUUGGACCAAAUGACACCUACUUUGAAAGAGUUGCAUGAAGCUGUAGAGAGUUACAAAAAGGAGAAUAUAUCACUCAAGUUGCAAUUGUACCAUUUCAUUGGAGAGGGUAGGGAACCUGACGAAGACAGCGAGUUGGCGCAAGAGAUGAGCCUCAAAACUGCCGAGAUUGAAGAGUUGCAGAGACUUAUUAUGAAACUAAAGCAGAUGUUGGUGGCCAACGCCGACCAAAUGAGUCAAUGCAUAUGUGACUUUGGAAACAAGGUGCCACAACCACAGCAGGUGUUUGUGCCAGCGACAUCGGGAUCAUCAGACCACUUGUUGGUACAACAACUGCGAGAUGAAAAGGCAAGGGACGAGCUUGACCACGCACAUGACCAAGACGCGAGAUUGCGUGCCGAAGAAAUCACUGCUCUGCGUGCACAGAUCAAGCGACUCAAAGACAAGGCUGAAGAGUUUACUUUGCACGACACUGACCUCACCAUUAAAAACAACCAACUGCAAACCGAGACACAACAAGCCAAGACAGAAUGUAAUCAACUCAGGGUGGAUAAUCAACAACUUAAAAUGGACGUUCAACAAACAAAAAGUGAAAAUGGUCAACUCAAGAUGGACCAACAACAAGCACAAUUGGAAAUCAAACAACUUAAAUCAGACGUUCAAAAGGUUAGAUUAGACUAUCAACAUAUUCGUAGCGAGUAUGAUCAUUUGGAUCAAGAGAUUAUACAGGUCAAAGAUGAGAAUCAUCAGAUUAAACUUGAUGCUCAACAGGCCAAAUCUCAAGUCACCACACUUGGCAAUGAAAACAACAAGAUGAAACUUGAAAACCAACAGUUGCGUCUGGAUUUAAAUGGAGUUGGUAAUUUGGUCAAUCUGAUGAAAGGCGAGAGACAACAAUUAGAGGGACAACUUGAAAAGUUUAGAAUUGAAAACUUUGAAGCUAACCGUGCACUUGAUAAGAUGGAAACGUCGUAUCGCGAACUACAGAGCAAGGCUAGCGAGUUUAUGAAAAAGAAACAACAGGCAACAAGUUCGACCUUUUUAGAGAGUGAAGCGAUCAUGGAAGGAUACAGAAAUCAAAUAGACAGUCUCAAUAGAAACCUUGGAGAUAGAAAUAAGCAGUUGGAUGAUAGCGUCGAGAGAUACAGAAAGCUAGAGGAAAAUGUUAGAAAGCAAAUGACAGAAAGUAAAGAAAAGAGACAACAAUUGGAGGAGACUAUAGAACAUUAUCGUGCCUACUCUAGACAAUGUCUUGAACAAGUGAUUGAAAAGAUUGAUCUAGAGUUGGGUGUUGAUGACAAUCACAAGGAAAUCGAGUCACGUGGAAUGAAUAAUGUAAAGGUUGAAGAAUUGCAGUCACGAGUACUCGACAAGAUCGAUCUCUUGCAAAUGACAACUAGACAAUUAUUAGAGCAAACUAUUCAAGAAUGUGAUACAAAGAUUCAAGAGAAAUUGAAAAUCAUCAAUGAAAUUGUAAAUGUGAGAACCAAUCAUUUAUUAGAUUUGGAAAAUAGUUUAAAUAGUAUUCAAAUUCAACAAGAUCAACAUGAACGUCAAAGUCAACAACAACAUAAGAUUAAUGGUCAACAACAAAAUAAUAAUAAUAAUAAUAUUGAAUUAAAUCAAAAGAUUAUUGGAUUGGAAAGAUCAUUACAAUUAAAAUCAAAGGAAUUAAUGGAUCAAGAGGAAUUACAGAGACAAGAUAUUAAUCGUAUAGAAUCAGAACAUAAUAGUAAGAUUCAACAAUUAAAGUAUCAUUAUGAAAUUCAAUUACAAUCAAAUCAAAAACAAUUUGAAGAACAACAUAAACAACUUUUAAAACAAACUCAACAACAACAACUACAACAGGGCAAGGUACAAUCACCUCAUACAUUGGCACUUGAUACUAUUGAUUUACAACCAAGAAAUACUACACCAUCUUUAUACUCUUCUCUUUAUUCAUCGCAAAUGCAAUUACCGUCCACUCCAACCACUGCAGCAUCGACUCAAUCACCCAUCACUGUUGGUUCAUUGAUUGUUCCAACCACCCCUUCUCCUACCAACUACAAUUUCACAUUUGAUGAUAAAGAUGCAAUCAAUCGUUUAUUACAAGGAAACCCUUCACAAAAUCAACAAUUAAUUCAAUACCUCCUAACUCAACAUCAACAAUUAUUAAAUGAAAAUCAAUCAUUAAAACAAGAUAUUGAAAAAGUAGAUGAAAAGAUUAAAGAAGUAAAAUCAAAUAUACCUAAACCAUCAAUCAAGAUCCCUUCACCAUCCAAAGAUUUGGCACUUCGUACCUCUAAAUCUGUAGAUUUACAAUCAUCUGCAUUGAUCAAGGAACAUUUUAACUUUUUAAAUCAAUUGGUUAAAUCAGAAUCGGCAGUAUCACUCGAGAAACAAAUACCAAACUUUAAAAUUGGUAUGAAGAAUUUGAUGAGAGAUAUGAAAAAUAUGGAUACAAAGAAACAAUUGUUGGUAAUGGAAUUAAGAAAUAGAUCCGAUAAAUUGGAUGAUGUUAUGGAUAGUUAUAAUGAUUUACAAAAGAAAUAUGCAAAUAGUAAAGGAUCAAUGUCCUCUUCAUCGUCAACAACCGGGUCAUCUUCUUCAACAUCAUCAUCAAAUAAUAAUAGACAACAACAACCAUUUGACCAUUCAAUACAAACCUAUCCAUUGGGAUCAACAACAACAACCACUUCAACUACAAGUACUACACCAAAAUUCAAUUAUUUAACUUCAACUGCUUCCUCGAUGAAUAAGUUUAAUUCAAAUACUACUGGACAACAACAACAACAACAACCAUCACAACAACCUUCUUCUUCUUCUUUUUUGACAAUGAACAAUAACAAAGUACAUUUCCAAGAUAAUAUUGUAACUACACCACUUUCUUCAACCAACAACAAUUCAUCCAGACCUAAAACAACUUCAUCAUCAUCUUCCACCACCUCUUUUAGCGGCAUUCCAAACAGCAGACAAACAACCAAUAAUUUAAUGAAUCAUACUACUACCACCAAUACUAAUAAUCAACAACAUCAACAACAACAAAAUAACCAACAAGCAUUGAUAAAUGCUCAUCGAGAGGCACAAAAAAGUAUAUCUAGGAUAAAUAACAAGAUUGAUAUGAUUGAUAAGAAAUAA